AAAGGUUUUAAAUUCCAGCGGUGAGAAUUCGCGUGUCGGCCUCGUAAGGUUGCUCGUUGUAUACGAUAUACACCUGUAGGUAUUUUAUACAGGUAAGAGGGAAUCUUGGAAUGCUGUUUAUCUACCUUGACUAAUCAAUAUUUACACCGUAGAAACAUUAGGUAUGCCAGCAAUUCAAAGAGUCCCAUACUGACACUGCGGGGUCCGUACAUUACUUUCAGUUUCGGCCCGUCCUGUGACAAAGUUUUUUUGGUGUGGUCAUACUUGACAGACCUGCUGUUCACUCAUGGAUGACCGCGGUCCACAUUCUUGUGAUAGUUGUUUUGAAUACUAUAAAUCUGUACGCGAUACAGAGGCCGAUUUCCUUUGUGUCACUUGAAUGCUUUUUUUCUAACCACUGUUCAGAUUCUCUUCUGAUGUCCCCUAUUUAUAUUUUUAAAGACCUGAAACACUUCAUUAUUUUAACAGCAGUUUUAUGCCAUGUGCCAAUGAUAUUUUUACUGGGAUUUUAACGUGAGUAAUUUCUGUGUACUAUGUUGGAGGGAGUAGUAAUUAUUCUGAUUUUGGGAGGAUGUUUGGACAUGGUAGAAGGUCAGCAGAAUUGUCCAGAACAGACAGAUCCCGCUGUCAUCAUUGUGGCUACAAUCUUUGCUACUCUGGCCGUCGUUUUUAUCGUCGCUGGUGUCAUCUGCUUCUUGAUUUGGAGACGACGACGAGAUCUGAAGUCUGACAAGGAAAAGUCUGCCAAUUUCAGAGAUGAAAACGACCUGGGUGUGUCCAAUCCUGCCUACAUGGAUGGGGAGGGGGACCUAAGUUUAGCAGAACAAGGUGUUGGUGGUUAUAUACAAUGUAGAGAAUUCUCAACUCCAACCCAAAACCAGUCCUCAGCUAAAAAGAAGUCCUGGUCCCCCAACUCUAAGUCAGACCUUCCCCCAGGGAAACAAGGCACCCAUGGGUCACUGGACGACCUCUGCAUGGACCCAGAAAUUUCCAGCGUGUGGUUACAGAGUCAAGAUUUUGUAGGACUAGGAUUUAACAUCGCAGGAAGUAUGAGGGACGGAAUAUUUGUCAGUCAAGUCCACAGUCGCGGACCAGCGGUCGAGUCAGGGAAAUUCCAUGUUGGUGACCGUAUUCUGAGUGUGACUGUGUCAUUUGAGAAUAUGGUAUACGAAGACGCCCUGACUAUUCUCAGCUACGCCUCACCUUACCCUGUCAAAAUCACUCUACAGAAGGAGAGACCUUCCAAGUCCAAGGAAAGACGGAGCGGUCAUCAACGGACGAUUCUCAGCCAUCCUCUGUAUCGUAGUCAGUCCAUGGACACCCUGCUAAAGAUAAACAAAGAACCGGUGUACACACCAAAGAGGAGCAUGAGUGAGAUGAGGCAGCCUAAGGAAGUACUGGACAACCUCAAACAGACGCUGAAGGUCAGUGUGGACUCCGACAACAGACAGAGUAACAUCAGUGAACACUCGCCAGAAAUCCAUGUCUCCGCGGAGGUGGAGGAGGCCAGCAUAACUCAGGAUAAACAACCCAUGACUGUCUUACUGCCCCCACCCACUGGUGAUGAUGAAGACGAUGAUAUCCCACCCCCUCAGCCCACCAUUCCACCCCCACCCCUAGAGUUUAAUGAUAUGCUUGAUGGAGAGAUUUCUACUCCCGAUCCAACCUCUACAGGGAUGCAGUUUUCCUCUGCAUUUGAAAAUCUUAAUGAACAAGACAAGUUGGACAUGAUUCGUUUGUCUUACGAAGAUCCAGACACCAAAAUCAACAAAGAUGAUCUGGAUACCAGUUUAACAGAUUCUAGAGAACCAGCAUUGGCUGAUGUUUCAUUUCAGUCGGACAGUACAGUCACAGAAGGAGAGCCAAAAUCUCCAACCACACCGGUCAAACCGGAACGCAAGAAAAAGAAAUCAUCUAGUGAGACAUCAAGUCUGUCUUCUUUAGAUGAGGCAGGGGAUGGGCAGAGAUCCCCCCGAGAUCUAAUGCCAGACAUUGUGGAGGAUCACAUUUCUAUGUCGGUGUCAAGGACUGAAAAUGCUGCACCAAGUGUAGAACCUUCAGAGGUGUUCGAGGAUGUAAUCACUCCUCAAAAAUCAGACAGAGAGAUAAAAUUAUCAUCUGGAAAAAUUGAAUUAUCAUCGUUAAAUGUUGCAGUGACAAAUGAAGGUGAUUUACCCGAUUCUCCUCCAGAAACCAGUAGGACAUUAGUGGACUACAGUCUAUCUGAUAUGGAGAGCACCCUACGCCCCCACACUCCCGAGAAUCAACCCUCUAUAGACGAAGACAUCAUCACACCGGUGCAGCUCAAAAGGGGUGAACUUGAGUCCUCCAUGUUAAACUAUUUUAAUGACUCUGGAAACACUUCAACUUCAACAGUAGAAAACCAGCAAUCACUGAAAACUGAUUCACCGAACACCACCGUCACAAGUGUGGACUUCAACAUUAACAUGAACUCUAACACCGAUUUAUUUUCUACUCCAUACCCAAAGAGAAAUACCAAAGAAGGUCACAGUGGAAUGUCAUAUGACAUCUCUAUGAUGGAACUUAAUGACAUUGAGAAAAAAUUAAAACAGAAAACAAAGGAACACACAAAACAAGGUGUGGCUUUUGAAGUUCGGGAUGAUGUGCUCUCAGGGGAAACUGUGAUGUCUCGGCUUACUGAGGACGAAGUGAGUGGUCAUGUUUCACGGACUAAGUCUUGUGAAGACAAUCUGGCUAAGAAAGCAAUGCUGGAUAGUUCAUUGAGUUGGUCUGGAAAGCGUCUUGUCCGUGCGGGAUCAUUUUCAGAACUUCCUCAGGAUGAUUCUAGUGACUGGGUAGACCAUAUCUCCCUAAAUAAUGAUGAAAGCAUCAUUUCUCAGGAGGAAGACAAGGACACAUUUAACUCAUCUGAAGAAAGCCUAAAUAGCAAUAACAAAAAUGGACUUAAAAAGGCCAAAAUGUUUGGUGCUCGUGAAAACCUCGCCAACUUGUCUUCAGAAAACUCAGGAUCCCAGCAAUCGAUAUCUGACUCCGUAAGUGGGGGUUCCAAGACCCCUCCCCCCUACCUCAGUAAUAAUGGGGCUCACAAUGGGGGCACAUCCUCCCAAGACUCCACCCCUGUCAAACCCCACAUAAACCCAUCUACCUCCAAUAUUGACUCCUUUGUGAAAGUGGGAGAAAAUGGUCCUUAUUCUCUGUCAGGGGACAUAACACCUGGAGAUGAAGAGGACUGCUAAGUAAAAUGUGUUCUCGAGUAUCGUCACUGGUCAGCCGUGUUAUACAUGUGGCACAACGAGUCACUGCAUGAAAUACUACUUUGAUAUUUUUAUAUGAAUAUUUAAUGUUUCUGCUGUUAAGGUUCUGCUUUUAAUUGUUUCGUUCUGUAAGAUUUUUAAAAAAAUUUCAAAUUUAUAUUUUUCCACUUUAUUCCCAGUGAUAUUUUAUGUGAAA